UUAGGAACUGUCAACAUCUUCCGAUACGGAGCCGGCCCUAACGGCAUUAUGAGAACCCUCGGUCAAUACAUGCUUGGCUCCGGAGCAACUUUUGGCUUCUUUAUGUCCAUUGGCAGCGUCAUUCGAUCCGAUGCCGACCCCAAACUUCACGAAAUGUACAUGCGAGCUCAACGUCGGCCUAUAAUGCUGAUGGCCAAUCCCGCGUGGAGGAAAUCAUGA